CAAACAAGAGAGUUCGGCUGAAGAUGUUGAAUCCUACAAAAAAAGAUUGUUUCUUUCCUUCAACUUCAGCGUUUAUCCUGAGACAUUAAAUCAGGUUAGGGAACUAUUCAGAUUACAAUCGCGGUGGCUUUUACGAAACGCAUCUGAUUUGUCCUCUUCGGGUCGCCGUAGCGAGAGUUCUGGAAAAUGGCGGAAAAGAAAAUAGCAGUGCGUUCUCAGGACCCGAGCCAGCGGCGCGUGCUGGAUGUAGCGACUCGGCAGCGGAGGCUCACGCGGCAGCUCGAGGCGCUCGAGAAGGACAACUUCCAGGUCGACCCGCACGCGAGCCUCCCGCCGCCGGUGAAGCGCCUGCCGCAUUUCGACGAGAGUGACGAACCCGGUACAGACGCGUUCACACUGCUCCGGUUCUGCCUCUUAAUAUGAUUAUAAAAACACGUUCCCAGCGCGUGCUUCCGUUUUUACAGUUUUAUGCCUUUUCGCGCGUGAUCCUGACCUACAGCUCAUGUUGGAGUAGGGCUGUUGCGGUUUCUUAUGAUAACCUAGUCUUAAAAAAUAUCACGGUUUUACGGUAUCGUGGUAAAGGUGAUUUAAAAACUCCGUAUCGUACACAAAGUUUCUAGUGGAACAGAGCGUUCUGGACCAAAUUCCUUCGUAAGAGUGCUUCUGAUUAAAAAAAAAUCAGUAAUGAUGUGAUAAUACAAACACUGAUGUGUCGUCAAAACAUAAUAAACUUGGCUAGUUUUUGGCUCUUACUUGAUCAUCGAAAUCAGGGGUGGGCAAACUUUUUGAAUCGUGGGCCACAAUGGGUUCUAAAAUUUGACCGAGGGGCCGGGCCAGGAACAGACAGAUGGAGUGUUUGUGUGAACUAAUAUAAAUGACAUGUAAAAGGCAUUACAAAGAGUAAAGGAUUUGGCCUUUAACAGGUAGCAAAGCAUGAAUAUGCAAGGCUCAUUGUACCAAUUGUUUUCCAAAUGCAUUAAUUUCAAAACACAUUCAAGUCUAGUAGAUAUUUCUCUGUCAUCAUCCACUUCUGCUCUAGCAGUGUUUUUACUUGGUCGGAUUUAUUUUCAUUCAUUCUUGUCCACUGCUGAAGAUCACGGGUAUUAAAAGGAGAUUUUUCAUGGACUUCUAGAAGUUCACUCAGAGCACUUAUAUCUGAUUUACCUCCACGGAUUUCUGGCAGGACGGACCCUAGUUUUGUCAUGAAAUCUCGCUUGUACUCAAAACAGACUUUCUGAAAAUCCUGAACUUGCUUGUGAAAUGUGCUGAAGGAUUUUGCCACUGUAUCUUGCAACAGGUCACCACAUUUCAUCUCCAUGAUAUUUAAAGCCUCGAUUACUGACUCCACAGCUGUAAUGAGAUCACGAGUGAUGUAUCUUUGAAGUUUGGCUGCUCUUGAGUUCAAGUUUGACCGGAGGGAAAAGCCACACUUUAACCGGAACUGCAUGUUCUCCGUUCUGUACAAGCAUCUUUGGAAGAUCAGUGUAAACCUUCACAGCAUCUUCAAAGGUUGAUGGAUUCGAGGGCAACAUGAAAUCACCAUAAAAUGUACAACAAAUUUUUUUCACUGUAGCCUUCUCAUUUUCAUUCGGGUCUAGUUCUACCUGUGCCUCAGCAGAAGAAAGCAUCUGCAGUUUAUCAAGGGCAAUCUUAAGUUCUCCCUGUAAAUUCAUUUUAUCCUCAGAUAAAUUCACCUCUCUAUCAAACACAAAGUAGGCAUCUGCUCCGUAUAGCACUGCUGUAUCCACGUGUGUUGCUACAUCAUGAUCAAACACACUACAGUGAUCCAAUUUUCCUUGUGUCGAGUGAUUCAUGUUCAGCUGCUCGAACUUGGUGUUAACUUAGUGCAGCGUCAACCUCUCUUGUCUGAAGUUGUAACUGCAAACUCGGUGUUAAUUUGAGAACUAACAUGAACAAACAGGAGUACCCGAUCUCCAGGCUGAAACUCGCGAGGCUGCGCUGGACGGUUGUACACUCGUUUCUGUUCCUCCUGGGUGGCUCUCAUAUGUUCCUGGACAAUUGGGACAUUGACCCUAGGUGUGUGUGGGUGUAUGUGUGCAAGUAUGAGUGUGAGUAUGUGUGGUGCCUUUGUAAUGAGGUAGCACCCCAUUCAAUGUUUAUUCUUGCACUGUGCCCAGUGUUUUCAGAGAAUACUCUGGAUCCACUGAGAUAGUCAACUUCACUUUUGUUUUGUUUUAUUUCUAUAGUGACACGUCUAAAUUUGCAGUCGAAAAAAGUCUCUGAUAAAUUUUCAAAAACGUCUUCACAUUUGCCUCUCUUUUUGUUUGUUUUAAUUUACAACUAGACUAUAUUAGGCCACUUCUCAUGACCUGAGGAGGGUGUCGGUAUAGUCACCACUGGAAAAAUUCAUUUAUAUAGUCAUAACCACAUGCUAGAUAUCUGCAAAAUCAGAUUUAUUUCUGUAUGUAAAUUACAAUAUUUCAAAGAUUUUAACUGCUUAUAUGAAACAUUGUAGUAUUGACAACAAGUCAUAUGCAUGGCUACAGGCACGAAUCGAUGAUUUAACCUCUGAUUAUAAAAGCAGACUUGCCGGUCAAAUACCACCUGUACGUUCUAAACGGGACCUGCUUGGAAAUAUAGCAGGCCUCUUUGGCUCAGUUAAUUCCAUAGCCAACACCUACAAGAUAAACAGUCAAUCUCAGUUUUCAACAUGGUUGUCUAACCACUGGUUUCCAACACAUCACAAAUAUCAUGAAAGCGGUCAGAUCCGAGGCACAGGCGCUUCUACUGAUCCGUCAUGCAUUGUUCAAUCAGACCCUUACCAUCGAGCGUGACUUCGCCUGCAGAUGAUAUUCAUAAGAUUUGUUUGCCUGUGUAAGGCACCCAGGUAUGUUCUAAAUUAUCUUAUGGAAAUUUUAGAUCUGUGCAGGUGGCUUGCAUCAGAUAAAAUGAAAGACAUUAAUUAUUCUGGAUUGCUAUCCACUGUCAUUAUGUAUACUGGUGACGAAUGUUCCAGA